GUGUAAGGGCGCUUCAAAUACACUGUAAAAGAUGCAUAAGGGAGCGAUGCUGAUGCUGGUGAUGCGAGAAUAAUUUCACACCGGAGACGAGCCUUUCCAACGAAGAGCACGAAGAUGAUGAUGGACUUCGUAUUUAGGAUAAAAUAAGCUACAUUAUAAGCGGCAGCAAUCUACCGUUGAAGCGACCGUGUGCGACGUGAUAAGUAGAGAAAUAGGUGAGAGGGAGAUCCUGGAUCAGAUCCAUCCGACAGUCGCUGGAGGGCUGGAUGAGAAGAUUCCUGUCUUCCAUUUCGUAGGAAUCUUCCCUCAUACUGUCAACUACCUACUGGGCGCAGCGCUCUAGAGAUACUCAAUAUGGAGAGAACUUGCAUUUCCACUUCACUGCUCACAGUCUGUUUCGUUUUGGCUGUGUGUCGCUGUUCCCUUGCCAUUCCCUUCUGCCCUGCGCAGUGUGUCUGCGAAACCCGCCCAUGGUACACGCCUCAGUCAGUCUACCAUCAAGCCAAGACUGUUGACUGCAACGAACUCCAUCUGAGCAGGAUCCCGUGGAAUAUCUCAGUUGAUACUCAGGUGCUCCUUCUUCAGAGCAACAAUAUCUCCAGGGGAACCUCACAACUCCAGAGCUUGGUCAAUCUCACAGAACUGGAUCUCUCCCAAAACCACUUCACACAAAUCCAUGAUGUUGGUUUAAACAACCUAACGCAGCUGGUCACACUUUACCUUGAGGAAAACCAAAUUAAAGAGCUGCCUGAUAUGUGUCUAAAGGAUCUAGUCAGCUUAGAGGAGCUGUAUAUUAAUCACAAUCAGAUCUCUUCUAUUGGUCCUAAUGCCUUCUCAGGCUUGGGAAACCUGUUGAGGCUUCACCUUAACUCCAACAAGCUUGUUGCAAUAGAUAGCCAUUGGUUUGAAUCCCUGCCUAACCUUGAGAUCCUAAUGAUAGGAGAAAACCCAAUUCUUGGGCUUCAAGACAUGAAUUUUCACCCCCUCACUAAAUUGCACAGUUUGGUUCUCGCUGGAAUGAGGCUCAGGGAAAUACCCGAGGGAGCUUUCCAGGGAUUAGAGUAUCUCGAAAGCCUCUCGUUUUUUGAUAACAAGCUCACAGCUGUGCCAAAGAAAGCUCUACGUGUUCUACCAAGCCUCAAAUUUCUUGACCUUAACAAGAAUCCCAUCGUUCGUAUACAGGAAGGUGAUUUCCAAGACUUUCCCCAUUUAGAGGAACUCAGUCUGAACAACAUGGAAGAACUCGUGGCAGUGGAGAGGGGCUCAUUCUCAAACUUACCACAAAUGGCCAAACUGGAACUUUACAAUAACCCUCACUUGUUCUUUAUAGACCGAGCCGCUUUUCUGAAAAUGCGUGGCUUGCGCACCUUACUGAUCCACAAUAACGACCUCACGCUUUUGCCCCAUGAGAUUUUAUCUGCAUUCCCCAAUCUUGAUGAAAUCAGCCUUCAUAGCAACCCACUCAGGUGUGAUUGCCUCAACAAUUGGGGGCCCGUCCUUGGCAACCAAUCAAGCCUCAAAGUUCUGGAGCCCCAAAUAACUCUUUGUGCCUCCCCACAGCAUCUUGUAGGCCAAGCUCUUCAGGACGUGGUGUCUGCAAGUUGGAAUGGAGCAAGCAAUACCUGCCUGCCUCUGAUUUCUCAGCAUGCCUUCCCUCCGCAACUCAACGUCACCUUAGGACAGCUUCUAACACUAAAUUGCUGGGCUGUGGCAGAUCCAGCACCUCAGUUUUACUGGGUGACACCCACCGGUGACAAAGUCACUUCUGAAGCUGUUUCCCCAUCCUCAAACGAGGGUGGAGGUACACCGAAGAAGCACCGGAUGCAAGACCAAGGUGCUCUAGAGAUCCCGCACAUUGAGCCUGAAGACACUGGUCUCUACACGUGUGUUGCUUGGAACGCAGAGGGAGCCGAUACCCGUAGUGUCUCUGUGAACGUGGAUAAGAGAAGCUGGAAUGGUGCACACCAUUUUGGAGGACAUCAUGGAGUGGUGAACACCACAGGAUCAUUGGUAAUCUUUGCAAAAACUGUUCAUGCCCAGUCUGUCGUUCUCGAAUGGAAGAUGCACCCAUAUGCCAUUCCUUCCAACCAUGAGGCAGCACAACCCAAGUGGCUUAGUGCUACUGUAAAGAUCGACAACCCACAGAUCAGCUACACUGCGAUGGUCCCCGUAGAUGUCCAAGAGUACAACCUCACACACCUUCUACCUUCCACAGAGUACCAGGUUUGCCUGACUAUGGCCGGCACUGAGCAAACCCAGCACUCUUGCAUCAACGUGACCACCAAAGAAGCCAGCUUUGCUGUAGAGAUGGUGGCACAGCCGACCAACGUAGCCCUGGCCGCAGUCAUGGGCUCAAUGUUCGCCAUCUGCAUCAUGGCUCUGUUGGUUUUCUACAUGGGACGGCGCAUGAAACAGAAAUCUUGCCAUCACUCACUUAAGAAAUACAUGCAACACACCACUUCCAUUCCUCUGAAUGAACUCUACCCGCCCCUUAUUAACCUCUGGGAGAAUGAGACGGAAAAAGAGAAAGAAGGUGCCGUUGACCCUCAAAACUCACAGAUAGACACCUCAAAAACAUAUAUGUGGUAGCUGCACAACAGAAAGUAGACAGAAGAGACAUUUCAACAGUAUAUAUAUAUAUACUGUGUUGUACAUACAUGACAAGUAUGUAUUAUUGAUUUGUCAUUGUGAAAGAUACAUGUAUUUUUAGAUUGUACCCUUCAAUGCCAAGCACACUUGGUUGCAGUUGUGAUUGUUAGACGACCAACAGACGUGGGGAACAAAACACAUCCUAUGCUUUUGCAUUGCAUUGUAUAUUCUGAGACAAUUUAAUUCAACGUUAAGCAUGCAGAUGUGUUAAUAAUUCAUAUAAUUUAUUCAUUCUAUAUCAGCACUAAGCAAGCUAAUACACACAUCACACUAUUUAUAUCGCCUCACAUCAAGCACAGUCACACGAUAUCAGUUUUUGCAUGUACUUUUGCAUGAAGUUUUGGUGCUAACAGGGUGAGGUUUUUCCUAGUUUUCUCACUUCUAAAAAUACACAGGUGUGAGAAGGUGACAUACGCGCUCUCGUUCGUCUUCAGCUCGUCACAUUUUAUCACCUGCAUUGUAAUGAAAAUAAAACCCAAACCAAACCUGCCAGGUGCUACAAAGAUGCUGUUUCUGCAAACUAAUUAGCUGUCAUAUGUAAUUAAUAUCGGGAACACAACUGCGCAGCUGUGCUUAUGUAUUCCUGCAUUGUUGAAUCACUAUUUACUGAAGAGUGUGCGAAAAUGGCUCUGUUUAUUAGCACUGACUGGAAAUGUAUUUCAGAUUUGAUGGAAAAAAAUAAUCAUUAGCCUAUAAUGACAUUUACUAGCAGACACUCGCUAUUGCUAACAAUGAUGGGGCCAUUUUAUGCUUUGCACCUCAUCAUGUGCUUGGCGUUUUGAUUACCGAGAGAUUGCUUCAGUUCUCAGUUAGACAUGUUGCCAAACUCAAUAUUCACACCAUUCAGUCAGUCUGUAUAGCGGUGUAUUAGGUAAGUGUGUGUGGAGAAUGAGAUAAAAAAUUGAAUUAAUGUUGUUUUACUCCUGACGUAGGUUAAUUAAUCUUUGAAAUACACAUGCCACCCUGAAAAUACAGUUUUGUAAAGAUUUUGACGUUUAAUAUGUGCAUCAUGUUUAUCAAUACAAAUGUUAUGCAAGACACAUACUCAUAUCUCAUACAACGAUCUAGAUAUUGAUCAAAUUUAACCAAAUUAUUUUUGAUUAAAAAUAAGUGUUCUUUAAGGUGCACUCAGUAAUUUUCAUCACAACUUUGCAGCCGUAACCAUUAAAAUUAGAUUAAAAGCCUAAUAAAACUGCUUUAUUAUACAUGAAUAUCACUUAUUGCAGAUCAUGGGUCUCGAACUCGAUUCCUGGAGGGCCGCAACUCUGCACAGUUUUACUCCAACCUUUCUCAAACACAGCUGAUCCAACUAAUCAAGGUGUUCAAGACUAGACACCAACACUGUUUCUCAAUUCCAAGAAUGCAGAGAACGGACUAGCGUUAUUGUGGAGACCGGUCUUGCCAGGCGUCUCUUCAAAAGAAUGAACUUGGGAGGCCGCGUCCUCUGAGAAAUGAGAUGCUGCCUUCUUCCUGAUGGUCACAUGACCUUCAUGCAUUUUAAAUGGUAAAUUAUCUAAACAUUACAGCAUUCAUACAACGAUUUAUUGGUUUUCCCCUUUUCAAAAUUUAUACUUUGCAUAAAAACAUUAUAAAUAUACGUUACACAAUAUAAAUAAAACAGAUUUUAAUAUGAAUUUCAGCAAACA